GGAGGAGAGUCAGAGCACUGACUCACUCUGCUGUCAGCCCAGAAUGAGCUGGAUUCCCAGGUUAUAUAAUAAAAUAACUUUAUAUUAUAAUAUUAUAGAAGGAGUUGGAUUCCAAUGGAAAUAUAAUAUAAUAACUUAGGGAACUUGGGUCAGCGCACUUGACCGAACUUGGUCACAGCGACACUGGAGCGCUUUCUAUCCAACACUCACCACUGCAGUUCGCCUUCAGCUCCUUAGAGUCCCAGCAAACACAACAUUACCUGCAUUGACAUGUAUUCAAAUGACAGGGAGGAUCAUCUGCUGGCAUAAGUUCUAUCACAGAACAUCCUAAGUGCCUUAUACUGGAGCCAGGCCAAAUCCAGGGAGGCUGAAAAAUGACAUGCCCUUUGUCCAAAAAUAGUUGCCAGAAAAGUUACUGCAAAAGGUUUAUUAUACAAGACUGUCAGCUGGAGAUCAAAAUGUAAAUGCACUGAUGCCCUUGGACUGCAGUUAGCUCAGCAUCUGAUAUUUAAAAUCUUGUUGCGGACCAUUGAAAGAAAUGCAGUGAUAAGACAAAGUAAAUUAGUGCAGCGUGCCUAUUCAUCAGACCAUCACCAAAUGAAGUUGAUUUUUAUUGCGGAGAACAUGACUCCAUGGAUUCAGAACUGCUCAAACUGUAGCCAAGCCCUGGUCAUGGAGCUGAACAUCACAAAGGCUAUUGUUCUGAGCUUUGUGCUAUCUAUUUUUGUUAUAUUUGGAGUACUGGGCAACAUCUUGGUAAUCUUGUCUGUGGCUUGCCACCGCAGCCUUCGGACGGUCACACAUUAUUUUAUUGUAAACCUGGCAGUGGCUGACCUCCUGUUGAGCUCCACCGUGCUUCCAUUCUCUGCCAUUUUUGAGAUGCUGGGCCGCUGGGUAUUCGGCAGAGUCUUCUGCGAUAUCUGGGCUGCAAUGGAUGUGCUUUGCUGCACAGCAUCUAUAAUGAGCCUGUGUGUUAUCUCUGUGGACCGCUACAUCGGAGUUAGUUACCCACUACGCCACCCAGCCAUUGUGACUGAGAAGCGGGCGUUGUUGGCACUUAUGGGAAUUUGGGCUCUGUCCAUUACCAUCUCCAUUGGACCACUAUUUGGGUGGAAAGAGCCAGCACCAGAGAACGAAUAUGUGUGUAAAAUCACAGAGGAACCUGGCUAUGCCAUUUUCUCUGCAGUGGGCUCUUUCUACCUCCCCCUAGUGGUUAUACUGGUUAUGUACUGUCGUGUAUAUGUGGUGGCCCGCAGGGAGACGUGCAGCCUUAGGAAAGGACACAAAACUGAGAAGGCUCACCAUGCAGAAGCAGUGACAUUACGGAUACACAGAGGCAACACUUCUGUGGUGGAGGAGGAAACGUUGAGGAGUCGCACUCACUUCACAAUCCGCCUACUUAAGUUCUCCAGAGAGAAGAAGGCUGCAAAGACACUGGGCAUUGUGGUGGGGUGUUUUGUUCUCUGCUGGCUGCCAUUCUUCCUGGUUCUGCCCAUUGGAUCCAUCUUCCCGGCUUACCGGCCCUCAGACACUGUCUUCAAAAUCACCUUCUGGCUUGGGUACUUCAACAGCUGUAUCAACCCAAUCAUCUACCCGUGCUCCAGUCAGGAGUUUAAGAAAGCCUUUCUGAGUGUGCUGGGUGUUCACUGUCUGCGACGCAGCACCAGACCAACAUACCCACUGUGCCAGGGCCAUGCUGCCAGCCACACACAAUCAACUCUGCUCUCAUUGGGCUCAGAGACCCGCAGCGAGCCAUCACAUCUCAGCCCGUCGUCCUCUAUGAUCCUGUCCUGUACACCCUCAUCUUCCCCAGUGGGGGGGUUAGGAGUCAGUGCUGGGGUCAGUGCUGGGGCGAAAGCAGCAGGGGUGUGCAGCAAGAACUUGCUGAGGAUGUGUUGUUGUGCUGGGGAAUUCUCAGCACAUACAAAGCCUCCUGCAUGCCAUUCUCUGCCUGUUAUUAAGGUUCAUCAGCUUUCUCUUUGUGAGAAUGGUGAGGCAGUAUAAGCAACAGAAGCAAAACACUGUUUUGGAUAAAACCAUAUGCCUCAGAGUGUGACUCAUGAAAAUCCAGAUUGUUGGCAAACAAAUGGACACAAUUUAAAGAAGACAGUGAUGUGCAUUCAUUCAGAGAGUUGGAUUAUGCCAAUUAAAAUUGUGCUGUGUAGCAGAGGGAAAAGUUACCUUUAGUCGAUUUGAUUGGUAAGCUGUAUACAUUUGCACAGAAAGAAAAUACAUACUUUUGUAUUAAUGUUGAAAUUUCUAUUAAUUUUAAAAGGUUAUACAAUUGUCAGUGGACUUGAAUACAUGGUGUAUGCUUUAUUAAUGUGGUGUUUAUUACCUUACCUCAAUUCACUUUGAUUAGAUGCACAAAUUCAUAUGAUGUAUUUGGGAAUAAGGUGCAGUAAUAUAUACAAAUACAAACAUUGUUGCCAUUGCUUUUUCUUUCAGAUUUCUAAUUAAAACGAUUGGGAUAUGUGGAACACCUGAAAUAUGCUACAGUCUUAUGUGUAUGUUUGGUUCUUAACAAGAAAAAGUAAUACAUACUCUGUUAUGAAAAUGUCCAAAUAUCAAGAGUCAUGUAAAAUGCUUGAUCAAAUAAGCUGAUUUUUUUCAUGCAUAUUGCCCCUAAUUGUUAUUCAUGUUAUUUCUCUGUAUAACUCAUUUAAAAACACACAUUGGAACAUUCACAUGAACAGGUUUGCAUAUGUGAAAAUGUGCAAAAUUGGUAAUACCAAAAAAUGUAUCUUUCACGUGAAUAAUAUAGUAUUAUCCAUUUUGAAUAUUUAACAACAAAAAUGCAAUCUGUAUUUGCAAAAUGCAAAGCAGUGUCAAGAGGAUUAUAAGAUUCUUUAUUCAUUAUAAGAACUUCAUGGCAGCUCAACAAUUGUGUGUUUGUGUGUGCAACUGUUUCUGUUAAGAAAUAUGUAAAAUCAUGUUCAAGUAGUUUGAAUAAGUGAUUAUUUAAUUAUUGAUUAUCAACACAAAAAUACAUUACAGGUGGUUGCUCUUAAAAUUGGUGACGAGAGGUACUUUAAUAAGGCUGCAAACUAAACAUUAGCUUUAAAGAACAAAACAACCUACAAACUGUAAAUUACAGAGAUAGAUACCUAAUUGGCCGAGCUGCAUUUAGUUAUUUUAAAAACCUUUAAAUAUCAAUGAAUGCAUUAAAUUCAAUAUUAAAGUACCAUGUUUUAAAACCAAUUAAACUGUUAUACUAUGUUCAUUGUCUAUAGAAUGCCCAAAUCUUUGCUCAUUAUUUUGCUUAUUUACCAAAGGAUACUGUUAACACACCACAUUGUGUUUCAGAAUUAAUUAUUGUGAUUAUUGUUGUGUUAUUAAAAACAGUGGCAUUUUGA